CUGUCUCGCGUUGCCCGCAGGCCGGAGGCGAUCUCGCGGUGCUGGCUUGCGCGCUGCCUGUGGUGGAGGUCGUUGGAGUCACCGUCCCGGGCCCGUCAUGCUGCUCGCCCGCCUCAGCGGCCCCGCCGCCGCGCUCCGCAAGGGGAUCGCCACCUCGGCGCAGAGCAAUGCUAGAGUGGCAGUGCUUGGUGCCUCUGGAGGGAUUGGCCAACCUCUUUCCCUUCUAUUGAAGAAUAGCCCCUUAGUGAGCCACCUCAACCUGUAUGAUAUUGCUCACACCCCUGGCGUUGCAGCUGACCUUAGCCACAUUGAGACAAGAGCCAAUGUCAAAGGUUUUAUUGGAUCUGAGCAGUUGCCAGACUGUUUAAAGGGCUGUGAAGUUGUAGUUAUUCCUGCAGGAGUCCCUAGAAAACCAGGUAUGACCCGUGAUGACCUGUUCAAUACCAACGCUACCAUUGUUGCGAAUUUGACGUCUGCCUGUGCCAAGCACUGUCCAGAAGCCAUGAUCUGCAUUAUUGCUAACCCGGUAAAUUCUACCAUCCCAAUAACCUCUGAAAUUUUUAAGAAGCAUGGGGUUUAUAAUCCCAACAGAAUCUUUGGUGUUACCACACUGGACAUUGUCAGAGCAAAUACUUUUGUGGCUGAACUAAAGGGCUUCGAUCCAGCUCGAGUAAAUGUUCCUGUUAUUGGUGGCCAUGCAGGGAAAACGAUCAUCCCUCUGAUCUCUCAGUGUACACCAAGAGUGGAGUUCCCUCAGGAUCAAUUGGAAACACUUACAGGGAGAAUUCAGGAGGCUGGUACUGAAGUUGUGAAAGCUAAAGCAGGAGCAGGAUCUGCCACCUUAUCUAUGGCAUAUGCUGGUGCCAGGUUUGUCUUUUCUGUCCUGGAUGCAAUGAAUGGAAAGGAAGGGGUUAUUGAAUGUUCCUUUGUUAGAUCGGAAGAAACGGAGUGCCCAUACUUCUCCACACCUUUGCUACUUGGGAAAAAUGGAAUUGAGAAGAAUCUAGGUAUUGGCAAGAUCUCUCCGUAUGAAGAAAAGAUGAUAGUUGGGGCCAUGACUGAGCUGAAAGCUUCUAUCAAGAAGGGAGAGGAGUUUGUGAAGAGCAUGAAGUGAAGAGCGGAUGGGGAAGAAGAAUCACAGUUUCCUUAAUUUAUUAAGGCAUCAUGUCACUUUAAAAGACUCCAGAUGCAAAGCACAAGCUUUGAUCAAAGUCACUCUGUAUUAGUGUAUUAUCUGCUCUCAAUUUGUCAAUUGGAAUCUACUCAUCAAUAAAACAGCCUCCUAUUUUUUUCAGGGUA